CCUCCAACCGUUACAUUGAACGUACGUACCGUCGCGUCGAAGCAGUGCUCAGCUCAAAAGUCGACUUUUUUUUUGUAUAAAAACUCGUGUUGUGACUGAUUUAAUCCACUUUGGACUUUAGAGUUUCACAAGUUUGCUUCGCUGGAUAAUAAACUGCUGGCAAAGUACUCAGCUAUCGAACUAAAUUAAAGCGUCAGGACGAUGUGCCUGUGAUCGUAUCACUGCGGGCGUGGACGGCGCCAUCAUGACAUCCGAGCGAGCGAUCCCUCACCUCCGAGACAUCUUCGGUCUCAACCAACAGUACGAGACGAAACAGUACGAUGACAACGAAGACAAAACGAAGAAGUCCAUGAGGAAGAAGAAGGACGACUACAGGAGUUACGGUAACGGAGACGUUAAGACGUUAGAGAGACAUCUCAGCAUGAAGAAGACUAUCAGGAAGAAAAUCAUGCGAGAUCUUCAGCAGGCGUUCGUCGAGGACCCUAACGAGUUUAAGGUCGAGAACACGAGCCCCGAGAAACUGAAGGCGGAAUUGAGCGCUGAGGCUGUUAAAAUAGAGAAAAACGUGCGGAAGAAUGAUCCGACCUUCUUGGACAUGCUCCGAGGAGAGACGAGGGUCGAGGAGGCGAGGGAAGAACAACCUCAGGUUGAGAAGACCAGCUUCUGGCGACGUCUGACCAUGAAGAACAAAAACAAAAGAUAAUCGAGAAGCCGAUGACUUACUUACUUACUCAGUUUUAAAACAACUCGGUUAUUCCAAUAAACAAGUUAUUUUAUUUUUAUUUAGACUAGCCAUUAUACAAUUUAUAUUAAACUAUUUAUUUGUUUAAAAAACCUAGGCGUGUUUAGCCCAACAGCCUAAAAGAUCUUCGAAUCGAUUCGGCGGUUGACGUGCACCUGCUUUGUUAUUGUUUAAAGGUUUCGAGUCAAUUAGGUACUUAUCCGAUUGUGCUUAAAAUAAUUUAUGUGUUUAUAAAUUCUCAUUGAACGCUAUGUUUCUCCUUUACAGAAACGUAAAGAGGAUGCUGUUUACAUUUAAAUUAGUUAGUAAGUAAAUUAAGAAUAGACCUAUACAUAACUUAAACUUAAUAUUACGUGUUGCAUAAUAAUCUUUUAUAUAUCUUGUAAAAUUGAUGUUUUUUUGGUGUUGUUAUACUAAAUAAGAAUUUACCUUUACAAUAUUCCCUUUUUCCCCUUUUUCAUGUCGUGAAUUGUCGGUGUACACCUACAUAUCUUAUACACGAUUACAAUAAUCUGUUUUUUGACACAUAACCUAGUAAUGGAGGUAAAGUACUGGCAAUUGUAUCGAUACAUUAGUACUUAGCCAUAACCGUAUGUACUUAGUCUUACCUCAUAAUAAAGACUGUUAAGCUUUUCUACGGUAUUUAUUAACAUUACAAUAAAAUUAUUUAUAAAAUUUUUCUGUGUUCAAAGCCUCUCAUUCAUAUCGGCUGCUACUGUUUACUCUUUGUAUAUUUAUAUUUAAUAAUAACAUUAUUAUAGUGAGAUCGCAUAAUCCAUAAAGUAGCUGUUUUUGACGAAGUGAUGUGAGUAUAAGGCGGUGUUACUUAUACGAUGAUAUCUCAUUCUACAUGUGAUGUAAGGUUAAGUCUAGUUAGUGUACUUAGGUUAAGAUUCAUAGUUUGUGUAAGGACGGCAGUUCAAGUUCUUUGUUGUGACAGUUUGGAUAUAAUGCAAUAUAUAAUUUUACACAUUCA